AUGUAUUCCAAGAAGGGUGCCGAUGUCGAUCAAGUUGGGUCUGACCCAAUCCAGGAUGUCACCCUGGAUGCUGAUAUGAACGACCGCGAGAAGCAGAUCUACCAGGGUGGUAUGGAGAAAUUCAACCGACUUGGAUGGAAGCGUCUGACCAUUGUCCUCAUUGUGGAGGCUGUCGCCCUGGGAAGUCUGUCAAUUCCGGGAACCUUUGCAACUCUUGGUAUGGUGGCAGGUGUCAUCUGCUGUGUUGGUAUCGGUCUUAUUGCAGUCUACACCAGUUACAUUAUCGGUCAGGUCAAGGUCAAGUUCCCUCAUAUCUCGAACUACCCUGAGGCAGGAAGACAGAUGUUUGGUCGAUGGGGAUAUGAAAUUCUCUACAUCAUGUUGUGUCUGGAACUUCUACUGUCUGCUGGAUCACACUGUCUGACUGGAACUAUUGCUUUCACCAAUAUCACUGAUAGCAAUGUCUGUGCGGUCGUGUUCGGAGUGGUGUCCGCCAUCAUCCUGCUGAUCUUCGCCAUCCCGCCUAGCUUCUCGGAAAUGGCUAUCCUCGGUUAUAUCGACUUCACUUCUGUUAUUUUGGCUAUCGGUAUUACAAUCAUUGGAACUGGAGUGGAGGCAACCAACAGCACUGGUGGUCUUGCUGCUGUGAGCUGGUCUGCUUGGCCCAAGGAGGGCAUCACUUUCGCCGACGCUUUCAUCGCUCUGUCCAACAUUAUCUUUGCCUACAGUUUCGCCCUGUGCCAAUUCUCUUUCAUGGACGAGAUGCACACUCCCACCGACUUCCCCAAGUCCAUCUGGGCCCUCGGUAUCGCUGAAAUUAUCAUUUACACUCUCACCGGUGCCCUCUGCUAUGCAUUCGUUGGACAGGAUGUCCAGAGUCCCGCUUUGCUAUCCGCUGGCAGUCUUCUGAGCCGAGUCGCUUUUGGCGUCGCUUUACCUGUCAUUUUCAUCAGUGGCUCCAUCAACACUGUGGUACUGGGACGAUUGAUUCACGGCCGCAUUUUCGAGAAAUCGAACAUUCGCUUCGUGAACACCAAGAUGGGAUGGACUACUUGGUUGGUUGUGGUGGCUGUUUUGACCAUCCUUGAGUUUGUUGUCGCCGAGGUUAUCCCCUUCUUCGACGACCUGCUCUCCAUCAUUUCUUCUCUUUUCGUGUCCGGGUUCACUUUCUAUUUCCCGGCCAUCAUGUGGUUUAUGUUCAUCCGCGAGGGUAGCAUGUUCAGCUCCAAGAACCUUCUCCUCACCGUGAUCAAUGCUAUCAUUUUCGCCAUUGGUCUUAUUGUGCUAGUUGCUGGUACUUACGCCAGUGUUGUGGACAUCGUAAGUUGCACCCGAAUUUAUUGUUUUGUUUCAUCCACAUAUGCUAACCUGUUCGACCAGAUCAACUCGUACGCUGACGGCACCGUUGGUGGUGUAUUUUCAUGCACUGCCUCUUAA